CAAUGACGGCGGAAUGGGUCCCAGCAUGAUGCUUGGAUCCUCAAUCUCUUCGCCGAGAUGCACCGAGCAAAAGAUCCAAGUUUUGGAGAAGGAUUGCUGCAUCAAAAUGGAACAAGCUGAUCAGUCUCACAAAUCGCCUUGACGCAAAAGCUGAAAGCAAAAACAGAAGCAAAAGCAUCUCUUCUUUUUCAAAGUCAACCAACCCCAUUACGUUCACCAUGAAGCUCAAAAUCGUCUCCGUCAUUGCUCUUAUUGUUGUUGCAGCUCUCCCUUCCGUCAAGGCCGGGUGCGCUUGUGCUUGUGUUGAAGUGUAUGCCGGCUCGGGUAUGUACGACGAGUAUGUCUACGACCCCGAACUGGCUUCCAGUGAAGCUUGUGGAUUCGCCCCCCAAGGAACUUGCGAUGGCUUCGUCGAACUCAACAUGGCGUGCUACAAGUGUGGUCAGUCUCUCGACUGCGUUGUCGAUGAUGUCGGCACCUCUAUUACCAAGUCGGAGGUGAAGGCGAUCAUCGAGGACCAAUCUUAUUUCUGUGGAGAUACCCAAGGAAGGAACAAGGUUACCUGCUCUGGACAGCAAAACUGCGACAAUCUUUCUGUGGGAUUCACUUCGGAUGGUGUUUGCAUGCCCACUCCCGUCAUCGGCAGCGCCCAGUGCCCCAUUAGCGGUCAGGGAUUGUCCAACUUUGGCACCUACACGGUCAAAGUUGCCAAUGGUGCCAAUUGCUGGUCCUGCUCUGCCUCUGCGUCCUGUGCGGAAGGCAGUGGCAAUGAUUCCAUCACGACCACGUGCUCCGUGUCCUCUAACUGCGUCUCUGUCUCGACGGAGGUCGUCUGCGCUUCUGAUAAGUGCGACACUGCUUGUGACGCUGAAUGCUCCUUUUGCUCUUCCUGCACUCGCCGUUUGAACGCUCCUCCGCAGGAGUAAGUGUGUUGGAAGAAUUGAAUCGGUGCUGUUGAUACUCCUAUUUGAGAAGCACCAUCCACAGAAAGAACAACAUACAAAUCAAGGCAAACUGGAAUAUACACUCAAAUGAGAAACAGAAACAAAAGACAAAGACCAACACAAUGUGAACGAGGAAAGGAACAAAAAACAUUAGAUGAACUCGCCAGUAGUAUCUUUAAAUCAAAAAUAACUAACGGGUUCAUCCACGAA